CGUCAGGGUUUUCUUUGCACACUUUAUUACAGAAAUAUGCUUUGGAUUUGACGUACCUCGCUCGGCUUCCCCGGAAUAACUGAAUACAAGUCUAAAAUCGACUUGAGGUUUGUCUGUCUUCGAUGUUAACAUGAGUUCCAGUUGUUGCUUGGUCAAGAAGGGGAGAGCAAACUUCAUCUUUCCACAUGUUCAUUUUUGAUAUCCUGAAAGAAAAAAUAUGGUGUAUUUUUAUUUUCAAGGCUUGAAUAUGUCUCUUCCUUCGACCGUCUUAGUUAUCUUCCUGGGUGGCCUCAAACGCUUCCCGGAGCCAGAUUUGACCCGGACAGCCGACUGCAUAUCUCCUGCUCCGGAAACGAGGAUCGUGGAAUGAAGAGCUCCACAUUGACACUUACUGUCAAUGCAAUAGCCGGGGACUGGCGGUUUGAUUCUAGAUAUUUAGAGUUAUGCUGGUUUGGAUUUAAUUGAUACUACAUCAUACUCAAAGUAGAACAACAAUGAUUAUCCAAAACGACAUCGAAAGGGGCUCAAAAAUGCCCAGCUAUAUUUUACUAUCAAGUAUUCUUGCUUUUGUUGUUUAUGUAUUAUACUUUCACGAUAAGCGGUACAAACAGUUACCUCCUGGACCCAGAGGCUUGCCAAUUAUUGGUAAUCUGCUUUCGCUCAGAGACGCAGAUAAGAUACCAGAGAUUACUACGGAAUGGAUGCGUCAGUACGGAGAAAUUGUGUACACAAAGAUGGGUGGAACACAUUUUGUGUGGCUUAAUUCGCCCAGAGCCGUCAAGGAGCUGUUGGACAAACGCGGAUCUAUAUAUUCCUCUAGGCCGCACAUGCCCAUGGCCUUUGAUGCCGUAUCGAAUCAAAAGAGACAGUUUUUCAUGCCAUACAGCGAGCAAUGGCGAGCGGUGCGUAAGGUAAGCCAUGCGGCGUUGAAUCACAAGACUUCCCAGUCCUAUGUUCCAGUUCAGGACUUCGAAUCGAAACAACUUCUCUGGGAGUUACUUCAUGCAAAAGAUGAUUGGGAAUUCUAUGAUUUGAAUAGACGGUAUGCGAACAGCGUCAUCAUGCUUAUCACCUACGGGCAUCGCACAGCGACAUGGGACGAUCCUGUGUUUAAAAAGAUCUUCCGUGUCCUAGAGCAUUUCACUUUGAUGGCUGAACCUGGUGCAUGGCUAGUUGAUGGAUUUCCCAGUCUAGCCCGACUGCCCUCUGUGCUCGUUCAAAAUUGGUGGAAGAUUGGGCGUGAGUGGCAUGCACACGACUCGGCUGUGUUCCUAGAGCUUUACCGCGACUUGGUCGCAAAGAUUGAGUCUGGAACUGCACCAGACUGUUUUGUCAAGGACUUCUACCUUGCUGACCCAGAGAAAAAUGGAAUUGACGAAGAAGGUGCAGCCUAUGCUGCUGGAUCCAUGGUUGAAGCGGGAAGCGAGUCAACAUCAACGGCAAUUAAUACCUGGCUUCUUGCCUGCUUACUGUGGCCAGAUGUUGUCAAAGCAGGCCAAGAUGAACUUGACCGUGUAGUUGGCCCAGGUCGCCUACCUGAGUUCUCCGAUGAAGCUAAUUUACCAUAUAUUAGCGCUAUGGCAAAGGAAACAUUGCGCUGGCGGCCUAUAACAAAGCUUGGUACUCCACACGCAACUACGGAAGAUGAUUGGUAUGACGGCUAUUUCAUACCGAAAGGAUCGGUUGUGGUUCUAAAUUGGUGGGCAAUACAUUAUGAUGAUCGACGAUGGAAAAACCCUCAUAUCUAUGAUCCUUCCCGCUACGUCGACGACAAACGAACGACAGCAGAAGCAAUGACUGCUGCAGACCCUGAAGCGCGAGAUCACUUUACAUAUGGCGCUGGUCGAAGAUCGUGUGCAGGCGUGCAUAUCGCCCAAAACUCUCUUUUCAUAAUCAUGGCACGUGUUCUAUGGGCUUUCAAUAUUAAGAAAGCGGUUGACGGCGAGGGAAUCACCAUAGAACCAUCUACAAAAACAUUGCCUGGUUUUCUCGCUAUCCCAGAGAGAUUCCCUUGCCACUUUGAGCCUAGAAGCUUGGAAAGGGCGAAUUUAAUUGAGAAGACCUGGCACGAAGCGGAGGCAACGGGGUUACAAUGGACAAGACUGAAAAAGACCAUGUGAUUUCUCUGAAUAAUCUCCUCCAUCAGAUCAGCCCGUUUAUUUGCAGCAUGAGGAUGUAGUCAAUCUUUCGGAGUUUUAGAUUACAAUUGAUUUGCUAAUUCUAGCAUAUAUUUUUG